AUGACUAACUCUUCUUUGUCUUCUGGAGACGACUUAGAAGAUAGUAGGACAUAUGAGAGUAAUGACGGACAUGUGGUACAGUCUUUGUAUUCAGAGAGUACCUGUUCUUCUAGUACAGCUGGACCAAGAAGUCGAAGAGCAAGCUCCCUUCAAAGUUAUAAUCCACUAGCUAGAAGGAGUACUGUAGGUAGCCGUGGAACAGCUAGGAGCGAUGGGACAGCCGGGCUGUCUUUGGUCAAUACUAUUAGUAAGAUUGUGAGUGCUGUGAAGGACGACAAUGAGCAGACCGAGAAAGACCAAGGAAAUCUGAACACAGUGCUUAAAUCAAGGUUUGAUUUAGGUGACGCCAUUCGUAUGGAACAUAAUAGAGGUACUGAAGAAGGGACUGUACCGUACGAUGAGGAAUCUAUGGCAUCGUGGGACGAUGAGAGCCGAAGGAAGGGCGAAGUUCCAGAAGACACGGAUGAUCAGACUGUCAAGAGAGUCUUUACGAACAAAUCUACAGGUGAUUUGGAGUUGCCACCUGAUGGUGGAUAUGGGUGGGUUGUUCUGUUUUGCGUUUGGUUGAUUAUGUUUUCCACCUGGGGUUGUAACUCUGGGUUUGGUGUCUUUCUAGCAUUUUACUUGAAUGAGAAUACUUUCCCUGGGGCUACCAAGUACGAUUAUGCAUUGAUUGCGGGUUUGACGGUGUGUUUGGGGCAAGGUUUUUCGCCGUUUGUCAUGGUUGUGAUGAGAAUUAUCGGUAUCAGAGGCACAAUGCUAAUAGGUGCAGCACUGAUGAUAGCGGGGUUUAUCCUGGCUUCGUUCGCUACAAAGUUGUGGCAACUUUAUUUAACUCAAGGUGUUUUGAACGGUGCUUCGAUAUCUUUUGCCUUUGUUCCAGCUACAACACUGAUACCGGGCUGGUUUCUCAAAAAGAGAGCCGUUGCCAUGGGCCUGUCUUUGAUGGGGACUGGUGCGGGUGGUGUUGUGUAUGGUUUAGCCACGAACAAGAUGAUCGCCGAUGAUGGGAAUACGAAACGGGCUUUAAGAGUACUGGGGAUUUCAUGCACCGUUAGUGUAUUGGUUGCCACUGCACUAGUGAAACAACGUAAUCCAGUACCAAGUGUUGGGUUUAAAUCGUGGAAAGCAAUUGUAAGUCAAUUUAGACUAAUCUUCGACUUCAAGGUGCUUAGAAACCCUUUUGUUCCUCUUGUGUGCUUAUGGUUCACCUUAGCUCUAAUGGGAUAUAAUCUGAUGGUGUUCACUUUAUCAUCUUACGCAAUUGCUCGUGGUAUGACACCGCAUCAGGGCUCUAUCCUGACUGCAGUUUUGAAUGGGGCACAAUCUAUUGGUAGGCCACUGAUGGGUCUUGCCGGCGAUAAGUAUGGAAGAGCUAACGUAACGAUUACCUUGACCGCUCUACUUACAAUAUUUUUGUUUGCAUUCUGGAUACCGGCUCACACUUUUGUACAGUUGCUCAUGUUCUCCAAUUGCGUUGGAAGUUGUGUUGGCGUAGCAAACGUUAUGAACACAGUGCUAAUCGCUGACAAUGUUGAGCCAGAACAGUUUCUCGCGGCAUGGUCAUGGGUGAACGUUACGGAUGCGCCAUUCUUGCUGGUGUGUGAGGUCAUUGCUCAGGCACUUACGGUACCAGAGGCAAAGGAUAAUCCUUAUUUGCACACUCAGAUCUUUGCAGGGUGUUGCUUCGCUGCGGCCCUCGUCUUGAUCCUCAUCCUAAGAGAGUACUCCGUAAGACUCAAGUUACUUGAGCGUCAAAAAGUAACCAAUUUGAAAGCUGAAGAAUGGAAACUAUAUGAUGAAAAUGGAUCAGAUGAAGAAUGGGGGCCGUUAAACGAGCGGAAGAUCAAAUACGAUCUUUUACUAAAGCCUGGUAUCAAGCAGUACUUUUUGAGGAUGGCAUACCCUAUGAAGGUUUGA